CUUUGCCAAUUCCAUCCCUUCAGCGAGCGACCCAUAACCACCCGCUCAUACUGAAAGUUCGAAAUCACACAAUGAUAACCCGGGAAGCAGCCCUCUCCCUACCCUGGGUCCCCACCGCCGCCGAAACCGCGCUCACGACCCCCUCCGAAUUCACCUUCGGCGUCGAAAUCGAAGUCUUCUCGCCCUACCCCCGCGACGAACUUGCCGACCUCCUCACCAAGAAACAAUCCAUCGACGCCCGCGUCGUCUGGUUCACCCACGACGUCACGCCCUACUGGAAACUGCUGCGUGACGGAACCCUCGUUGACGAGUGUCCUAAAAACCAUUAUGGGAUUGAGCUGGUCUCCCCCGUGUUGAGUGGCGAGAAGGGGAUUGAGGAGACCAAGAAGGUCAUUAAGGAGUUAAAGGUUGCGCCGGUUAUUACGGAUGAUCGGACUGGGUUGCAUGUGCAUGUGGGGAGGCCACGGGAGGGGUGGACGUUGCCUGAACUCAAGAAGUUGGCAAAGGCGUUCAUCCUACAGGAGGAGACGUUUGACGGGCUGGUGUCAGAGAGCAGACGAGGUGAUACGAACCCGCAACUACGCUCCAACGCCGCGUUAUGGGGCGACCGGGACCUCGUCGAGAUUGACGCCGCGACCGACAUCCACACCCUCAUCAAUCUGGUCAAUUCUAAUGGACACGGGGACUCUUGCCGGUACUUCAAGUUGAAUUUCGAGGCGGUGAAGAUGUACGGGACGGUUGAGUUUAGGCAGCAGACGGCGACGGUGGAUAGCGCCGCUACGAUUGCGUGGAUCGACGCUGUGCUGCAUUUUUGCAGGUGGACUUUGCAGAAUGACUUUGUAGAUAGGUAGAUAGAGAUGGAGGGAUCAGACUUCUUUUUUUUUUUGAGAAUGGCGUCCAUUUUGUGUUGAGAGCUUUCUCACGGACUGUAACUUGUUUAUAUAUGUUGGCCGUCUUCUGUAUCUAUGUGCCAUUAUCAAAUAGCUCGCCUCUAGCG